ACGACGAGAACGCGCUCUCGCGUCGCUUUUUUUUAUUUAAUUGUAAAUUUCGGAUAAAUCGCCUUCUUCUUGUUUGUUAUCCUGUACUCCACUUUUUUUUUGUUUGUUUUUUAUAACUAUUGUUUUUGUUAAAGUGUUUUAACUCGGGGAAGAUCAAAAGAUUCCCACAAUACCCCUGGAACACUACCAACAAAAAAAAACGCAUUCCUGCACACACAAAAAUGCGUUUGACCAGCAUCUGUGGCCUGCGUCUGUAUUAGUGCAGGCAUCUCUCUCCCUCGCAUGCGCGAAGCGGGCAAGUGUGCGUGUAUGUGUGGAGUAGCUGCAACUAAAAACCGAAAACUAAACAAAAAAGACAUAAAUAAAGAAAAACUUAACCAAGCGACAAUGUGAUGCGAAACGGCGAUAAAAUAACAACAACGGGCGCGUGAAGCGAAAAAACUGCAGAUAUACAAAGAGAGUGGAGACCAGAAGGAAAAAAAAACGCGGAAAUGCACUUGAGCGCAUAAUUUUUAUAAGCCAAGCGACAAACGCACACAAAAAGGCAACAACGACAACAACCGUAAAGUAACACAAGAAGAAGAAGAGGGCAAAUAAAUACAAUUCGAGAAGAAGAGCCACCAGAAUAAGAAGAAGCAGCAGUGUCAGCAAAAAGGAGAGGAGGAGGAGGAGGAGAAGAAGCAUCGCUCGCUCUGUCUCGUUCACUCUUUAUGCUCCUCUUUGGAGUAUGUGUAUGCGCCACACUGCGAGACAUUUGAGCCAACUAUGUAGCUGUAGGAUGUAAGGUAAAUAAUAUAACCAACGAAAACAAGCACAAAAUGUUGCAGGCAAGCACAGCAGCAGCAGCAACAACAACAGCGGUAAAUACAGUAGCAGACAUAACCACAGCUAACACUGCUGAGCAGACCGAGACGCAAGCCGUAGUGGUGGUGGCCACACCGGAAGAAAAAUCCCAACGUCGCCGCUCCACAUUCUAUGUGCCUUUGGUAAUUGAAGACGACGAGGAGGAGCAGCAUCAGCACCAAAAAUCUGGCAGUAAUUCCAGCCUGAGCAGCACCACAAAUUCCCUAACCAAUUCCCUUACCAAUUCCGAAACAAAAUCGACCAAAAGCUAUAGCCUGCGCAAAUCCAGUUCGGUGAAGAGCGGCGUGGCCAAGGUGAGUGCUCUGUUCGAGCGGAAGGGUGCAACGCCGGCCAAGAUGUCGCCACCCUGCGGCUUCAACUGGAGCAUCAGUGGGAGCGAGACGAAUGCCCAAUAUUCCGAUACCGAUGAGGAUGAGGAGAGCUCCACGGAGGCGCGUCACCGCGAGCUCCUGCUGAAGUCCCUUAACACCAGUAAUGCUGCCUCGCCGUCGAAGCUCAAGCGGUAUGGCAUAGUUCUCAAUGUGAGUAUUUUUAAGCCCAGCGAUACGGAAUCCUCUGCUGCUGCUCCAGCUACUGGCUCUUCCUUAGCGCCGGGGCCAACUGCUGGAGCAGCUCCCAGAAGCCAUUUUAAUGAGGAGCACGACAUUGUCUUGGCCACGCCGCCCAAAAUGCAGGCCUUGUCGCAGGCGGAAGCCACUAAUACCGCCACAGCCACCGCCGGCGCCGACUAUGACGAUGACUCAGAGAUCAGCCGCAUGCAGACCAACACCUCGACGCCCAUCAAGCUGAUGAAGUCGCGAUCGCGGACAAACAUACUGGCCGUGCCGCUGCCCACAGUGGAACGGGGUUUGGCAAACAAUAAUAAUAAUAAUAAUAUUAAUAACAAUAUCAAUAUCAACAAUACCUCAUCGAUGGGAACAAGCACCACCACGACGACGCCGGCGACGUCGACGACUACAACGACAACGACGACGACGACGCUGAUUACGCUCCGUGCGAAAUCAAAGACCCUGCCGCAAAACCUAUCGCCGUCAGUUAUAUUACGAGAGGCCGCCGCUCUGGAUGAGCUCGAAAAGAAGCGGGAAAAGCAGGAAAAACUGCAUCACAAGCAGCAGCAGCAGCAGCAGCAACAUCAUUUGCAUCAGCAGCACCGCCAGCUGUUUGGCGGCAGCACCACCAGCCACAUUUCCGGUGCCGGCGCCAGCGGCGGCUGCGGCGGCGGAGCCGUCUCAUCAUCACCGUAUAAACUACAGACCAGCUGCUCGGCCACCUCCAUUCUAACGCAUAGUUUUCCGCCCAAAAAUCUAUUCCUGCUCAAGUCUACGCCCAAACUGCAGGCGGAGACACCCACCCCGGUUAUAUGUUCGCCGCCCAAGAAAUCCCUGAGCUUCAUAAGACGCGCCAACUCCACCAAAGUGGCCAGAAGCAAUAGUUUGCUGAAACCAAGUCAAGGAGGAUCGAUUGUGGGCACUUCGUCGUCGCUAGCCGGCAGCGGAGGAGGAAAUUCAAGUGGCAUGCUGCACAUGAAUUCAGGCGGUGUGCUUUCCACCAGCUGUGCUGGUGGCGGCGACUCAUCCAAUGGCAGCAAUCAAGGCAGCUGGGGCAAACACUUCUAUCAAACCUACGAUGUCUGUCCCCUCAGCUUGGAUGAGCUGAACUGCUAUUUCCAGGCGGAUCACUGUGAGGAACUGAUCUGUGAACGCUUCAAGAUCAAGGAUCUGGCCAUACACAUGGCAUCCACAUUGGCUGCCGGAGCGGAUAUAUCAGUGGCCACGGAGAAUGAGACCACUACGGGGACCACAACGGCGACGGAGGACGAUGCGGGACAUCAUUCUGAUACCUCCUAUGAGAAGGCCUGUCGCCGCGGCUCGGCUCCCACAACGCCCAUUCUGGGCAGUAAACAACAUCAGACGGAUAGCACCACCUCGCGCUUCACAAACUUCUUUUCCAAAAAAUCCAAUCCCCUGAAGCGUACCAAGUCGGUGACCAAAUUGGAACGGACCAAGCGCGGUUCCGGCGGACUGAGGGGCUCCCGCUCGCACGAGAGUCUGCUGUCCAGUCACGCCGUCAUGUCCACCAUAGAUCUCUCUUGCACGGGAGCUGUGGGCGUGGCACCGGUGCACCAAUCGGUGCUUGGGAGGCGCCACUGCUUCCAGGUGCGCGGCGGGCCGCGUGGAGAGCGUUACUACUCGUGCGGAUCGCGACAGGAGCGCGAUUUAUGGAUCUACUCGCUGCGCAAGUCGAUAGCCCCGAAUGCAGAGCACACGCGACGCACCGACAACUCACUGAAGAUGUGGGUCUACGAGGCGAAGAAUCUGCCGCCAAAGAAGCGAUACUUUUGUGAGCUGCAGCUGGACAAGACCCUGUAUGGGCGGACGUCGGUGAAGCUGCAGACGGAUUUGCUUUUCUGGGGCGAAUACUUUGACUUUCCGGACAUCCCAGAGAUCAAUGUGAUCACGGUCAAUGUGUUCCGUGAGGUGGACAAGAAGAAGAAGCGCGACAAGUACCAGUUUGUGGGCUCCGUCAAGAUACCCGUGCACGAUGUCACCUCCCGUCUGCCCUGCGAGCAAUGGUAUCCCAUAUUGAGCGACAAGGCGGGCGAUAGCCUGGGCCGGACCUCCGGCGGCGGCGGCAGCGGAUCGAAGGAGAAGGAGCAGCUGCCAACGUUGCGGAUCAAGUGUCGCUUCCAGAGCACCGACAUCCUGCCCAUCAAUGUGUACGCCAACUUCCUGGCCUACCUCAAGGAGAACUAUAAGCGCGUGUGCGAGACCCUGGAGCCGGUGAUUGGUGUGAAGGCCAAGGAGGAUAUUGGCCAGGCUUUGGUCCUCUUGAUGCAUGCCCAGGGACUGGCCGGAGCCUUUCUCACCGAUGUCGUGGCACUGGAUCUAUUGCGCGUGGGCGACCAGAGGCUGACGUUCCGCGGCAAUUCGCUGGCCACCAAGAGCAUGGAGGCAUUCCUGAAGCUAACCGGUGAGCAGUAUCUACAGGACACACUCUCGGCCCCAAUUAACGAGCUAAUCCAAUCGGAGCGGGACUGUGAGGUGGAUCCAACCAAGGCCAGCGGCUCCUCGGCAGGAUCGUUGCAACGCCAGCAGGCUGCCUUGCGUGGCGCAGUGCGCGGUGCCUGGCAGUGCAUCUUCGAGUCGCACAAGCAUUUCCCGCCGCAGCUGCGGAACUGCUUUGCCACGUUCCGCGAGCGACUGCAGCAGCUCGGCCGCCAGGAUAUGGCCGACAACCUGAUCUCGGCCAGCAUCUUUCUGCGCUUCCUCUGCCCCGCCAUCCUGUCGCCGUCACUGUUCAAUAUCACCAGUGAACUGCCCUCGGCGCGUGCCACCCGCAACCUGACGCUGGUGGCCAAAACCCUGCAGACGCUGGCCAACUUCACCCGCUUCCAGGGCAAGGAGUACUUUAUGGAGUUCCUCAACGAUUUCCUCGAGCAGGAGGCCGGCCGCAUGCAGCAGUUUCUGGAGUUUAUAUCGACGCGACCGGAGCAUCCAGCGCCCGACUCCAUCCUCGACUGGGCCGGCUACAUAGAUCAGGGCAAGCAGCUGUCCAUCCUGCAUACCCUGCUCAGCGAGAGUCUGGCCAAGCUUCCCGAGGCCAGGCAGCACGAGCUGGAUCCCCUGCAGCACAUUCUGGACGAGAUUACCAGGGCCCGGGAGCAGGGCAACCUGGGGGUGGCCAUACCUGGUGGCUAUUUGCCGGCCACCUCGUCCACGCAUUCGAUAGCCAGCGAGAAUCAGGAGAAUCGUCAUCCAGGAGGCAGCAGCGUCGGCUUGCAGACCAAUUCGGAGCAGCAGCAACAGCAGCAGCAGCAGAUGAUGCCGCAACACCAGAGCCAGCUGGCGCAGCCGCAGCAUGCGAUUGUAAGCAAACCCUUGUCGGCGGAAAGAGGCAUCAUGCGGGGCGUGCUCACGCCCAAUUCGCUGGAGAAGAACAUCUUUCGGUACAAUGAUCCCACAGUGAAUGGAUUGCUGCAGCAGCAGCAGCAACAGCAACAGCAGCAAUUGCAACAGCAGCAGCAGCAUCCCCAUCAUCAGCAUCCCCUGCAGCUGCUCUCGAACUCCCAAACCUCGAUUGCAGCCAGCAACCAGUACAUGAGCUCGCCCGGCGGCGGUCUGCAGCAUGCCCAAUCGCAGACCUCGAUGGCCAGUUCAUCGCUCAAUGGUAGCAGCAGCAACCUACUGCAUGCAGGACACCAGCAACAGCAGCAGCAACAGCUUGUCCAUCAGCAGCAGCAGCAGCUUCAUCAACAUCACUGCCCGCCGGCGCCUCAAACGAGUGCCUCCAGCACCAUGGAGCGCAUGGAUCGCAUGGACCGCCUGAAUUAUCCCUACAUGGCCCACAAUGGCAACGACUACGAGGCCAGCACACCGUCAAGCACUCGCUCCAGGACACUGCCACGUAAUGGGAAUCCCAAUGGCUCCACCACCAUGAUGAGCAGCAGCAGCAUCAACAACAACAAUAACAAUCAGAGCGGCAGCUACGAUGACAUGCACGGUGAGUUUCAAAUACAGAUCUCCGGUCUGGACACGAGCAGUGCUUUUGUCUGCAAAUCCCCCACGCCCAUGAUGAAAUCCAGCUUGGGCGGCGGCAACGGCGGCGGCGGCGGAGGAGGAGGACCAUCAACUGGCGGGCGGAGCCACCACAAGCUGAAUCUGGGAAUACCUGAUCAUUCGGGCGGCUAUGCGCGCAACAACAACCUCAAUCCCAACUCGAAUAUGCCCAAGAACCUGGAGGAUCUCGACGAUCUAUUCAAGUAUGCCGAGGAGCACGAUGUGGCGGACCCAGGCAGUCAUCAUCAUCACCAUGGCCACAGCCAGGGGCAAAGCCAGAUCCAGAGCCAGCAGCAGCAGCAGGGACAGGGACAGGGACAGGGACAGGGACAAGGACAAGGACAACACCUCAAACCAGGCGCCGGCGGCAAGGAGCAGCUAUCGGCAAAGAGCAGCCACUGCAGCUCCGGCUAUCAGAGCAUCUCUACCAAUCCCUCGCCCUCGCAGUCAUCCAGUCCCGUAGGCAGCCAGCUGAAGGCAGCGAUGGCCAGCGGACCCAAUGCACCGCUAGCCUUCAAGAAUCCCUCCUAUCAGCUGCAGCCCCAGACGGGCGGCGGCAGCGGCGGCGGUUCCUCAGCCCUCUCCUACCAGCAGCUGCAGCAGCAGAUUGGCAGCCGGUUGAAGCCCAUUGGAGGUGGUUUGGUGGCCGCCAGAGCGGCAUUCCUCAACAGUGGAGGAACCCUGGAUGCGGCCACACUGACGCCCAGCUCCUCGGAUGAGCAGCUAUCGGCGGAUAACUACUACAGCUAUGCAGCUGCGGCAGCGGCAGGAGCUGGAAUAUCCGGCAAGCUGGAGGCACAGCGAUCGCUCAGCGGCGGCAGCAGUUCCUCCACCUCGGCCUCGGCCUCCACCUCGAAUCUGGGCAAGAGCGGCAAUGGCAACGGUAACGGCAGUGCCUAUGGACGCCUGAAUGGUCCGUUGAAGCGGGAGGAUGUCUACGGCAGCGGCUAUGGCGGCAGCAGCGGCAACGUGGGCUAUGUCGGUGGGCACCACCAGCAGCAUACCCAGCAGCAGCACCAGCAGCAGCUGCAGCAACAGCAGCGGGAGCGUGAACUGGAGCUGAAGCAGUAUGCCGGCAGUGCGGCCGGCAGCGUGGGAUCGGCCACAUCGGCGGCCCAGAGGCGACUCAGCCUGGAUUCGGCGCGCACGCUGUCCGACAGCAGCACGGACACGGAGGGUCACUGCAACCAGUUGCAGGAGGGCAAGCGACGCCGGCAGUUGCGCAGUAGCGGUGGCAGCAGCGGCGGAGGAGGAGGAGGCGGCGGAGCUGGGAACGGCGGUUCCACAGAGCAAGGACUCGGCAAAGGCGGCUACGACCAGAACGGAGAAAUCCAGCUGCUGCAGCAGACGCUAGACACGUUGCGUCACACCCUCGACCGCGACGAGGCGGAGGUGCGCGACGAGCUCUUCGGCCUGCAGCGUCAGGCGGGAAGCGCCGCCGGUAGCAAUGGCUCCAACAACCUCAGCCUGCAGUCGGAGUCCACGAUGCGCAGCAUUAUCGACAGUUACCUGCAUUCAUCCCGCAGACUCAUCACCAUGGAGGAGGAGCUGCGACGCGAGCAGCUAAAGAUGUCCCUGGCGCUGUCGCACAAGCAGCGCGUCAUCGAGGAGCAGGGCCAGCAGAUAGCGGCGCUGGACGCGGCCAAUAGCCGGCUACUGAGCGCCCUGACUGCCCUGCGUCAGCGGUACGAGACGCAGCAGCAGCAGGCCCAGCAACAGCAGCAGCAGCACCAAGCACCACCAAAGAACCAGAAGCCACAGUGAGCGGAUGGAUGGAGGAGGAUACAGAAAGGAGAAGCAGUAGGAGAACGAGACCCGAACCCAAACCCAAACCCAACCCCAAGCCAAGACCAAGACCUAGGAUACUGACGGUGGCAUCUUUUCGUUGUACACAAAACACACACAUAGGAUAUAAACUAUAUCAUCCGGACACCGUCGCGGUUCUCUGGCAUUUUUGUUUAUUUUUUUUUAGCUAUUUUUUUUGUAUGCUACACAUAAAUUAUACUACAUGUUUAAUAAUAUAUAAUUACGCAUAACAUACAUA